GCUUUUACUGUUUUGUUUUUUUAAACUUCCACCUGCUACACAGUGCCUGCUGCCUCUUAAGUGUAUGUGUGAAAGCUAGAACUCUCCCAUUGCUAGUUAACAGCCCCAGGAGAGAUAUAUGUAUGUUUGUUUCCAGCCAAAGCCUCUCCCCAUGUCAUGAAAGACAUUUUGGAACCAUAGAAUUGUAGAGCUGGAAGGAAUCCCCCAAGCAUCAUCUAAUCCAACCCCCUGCAAUCUUGCUGAGACCUUGGAGAGCAGCUGCUUCUCAGGCAGAACUAGGCUAAGCUGGCCACUAGUUCCACUUGCACCACUUAGCUCAGUGAGUUGAGCAAGGGACUGUUAAUCUCAGGGUGGUGGGUUCGAGCCCCAUAUUGAUUCCUGCAUUGUAGGGAGUUGGAAUACCAGGGUUUGCCAAACCUGUCUCCAGCUGUUUGGGGACUACAACUCCCAUCAUCCCUGUGUGCUGGUCCUGCUAGCUAGGGAUGAUGGGAGUUGUAGUCCAAAACCAGCUGGAGACACAAGUUUGGGAAAGCCUGACUAGAUGAUCCUCUACAGUUCUAAGGCAGAUUUCUAUGGGGGAGGGGGGGAACGUGUCCUUUCCCUCUUGCAAGUACUAAGACCAGGCACACCCAAACUCAGCCCUCCAGCUGUUUUGGGACUACAAUUCCCAUCAUCCCUGACCACCGGUCCUGUUAGCUAGGGAUCAUGGGAGUUGUAGUCCCAAAACACCAGGAGGUUUGGUCGAGUUUGGAGAUGCCCAAGACCAAGAAUCCCACGUCACGUGUACACUUGUAGAGACCAAAAGCCUCUUCAUACACAACUCUGAGCGAGUAACUCUCCCUGCCUGCUGCUCAGACUCCGAGCCUCUCGCGCAGCCGCACGGAGAAGACGCGCGCGGCAUGUGGGGUGGGGAGGGGGGGGGAUGGCGAGCGAGAGGCUGACGAGCGCGCUCGGCUGUUUCCGGAACUUCGGUCAGCGGCCCCGCCCUCGCGGCGCCCAACAACCACGUGUCAACCCGCUUCGGGCGCCAGUGCGCGCGCGUGUGUCUUUUCUGCCCCUUCCUUCCACAGCCCACCCUCCCCUCCCCGCCAAAGCGCCUUGUCACGUGACUGGCUGCAUCUUGGGGUAAGACGGCGGCGUGUUGGUGGCGGAUGCGAGGGGAGGGGGUCCGGGCGGAAAGAGAGCGAGAAAGAAAGAGAUGUGUCAGUGAGUUCCCGCGAGAUGUGACGGAAGCCUGUGGGGGACACGGGCGGCUUUAAUGAGCGGCUUUCCCGGCGGUCGUGAGGGGUGAGUUUUGUGUGUGUGGCCUUUUUUUGAGGCGGGGAGGGGAUGGUGGUAAACAGAGGAGGUGGAGAAGCCGCUGCCUCUUUCUGUGUGUAAUAGCUCGGGGUGUGGCCUUACCCGAGCCUGGGCUAGGGGUGGAAGUCGCCGGGCCCUGUUUUGAGGGGAGGUGGGGGGAGCCUGGCAGGCUGAAACAUGGCGCCGCCGCUGCUCUGCAUAGAGAGAGCGGGGUGGGUGGGAAUUUUUUUUUUGCGCCCGUUGGCCAUAGAACGCCGCGAGCUCUGGGAAGCCGUUGCUGGCCGCCACUAACUGUCACAGAACGGCGGGGGUGGGGGGAGUGGGCAAACCGAAUUUGGCUCCUACCAUUCGUUCUCUUCCCUCCUCCCCCCCCCCCCCGUUUCCCCAUUGCCCUUGGUGCCGACCACUCCAUCACCUCCCUGGAAGGAACGUUAUAAAAGAGCCUGACACACACGCAGCGCCCGGUGUGUUGCUGGAACAGGUCACAGUGGAGGGGUUUUUUAUGUGGGGGGUGGGCAGGGAAGCGCUUGCACUGCAGAGAGAAAUGUACACACACACACACACAGGAUAGUUCUCGCUGAUGGAGGGUGCCCUGAGGCCUGGUCUUUCUGCCCACCCCCUUUGUUUUUCUCUUUUCUCUUUUUUCCUUUCCCCUCUCCCCACCCCCACUUCCUCUCAGUUGAGGAAGGGUGGAUACUGAGGACACCUGCGAAAUUUCUCCCAAGGACCACUGUCCUGUGGAAAGUUGGUGGGUGAAAGCACGCAAUGCCCUCCAACGUUUCUCCGAUGAAUGUAGGGACGUCCUAAGGAAAAGCGGGACGUUCCAGGAUCGCAGCAGAAACCAGGACAGCUUUUGUAAAUCCAGGACUGUCCCUGGAAAAUAGGGACACUUGGAGGGUCUGAAGCAUACACAGCUGUCCCCAUCCGUUUGCUGCAGGUAAAUGAGUGCAAACAGUUACACUUAGUUUGGGGGGGGUAAAAAAUACUCAGGCAUGUGCAUGUACCUAUUUACCUGCUUAGGUUUUGUGCUCUCCAAAGCAAAGUUAAGGAGGGCAGAACUUCAGUAGCAACACAUGGUGUGUUCAGGCCCAAAUGCUGCUUUCCCUGAAGCUGCUGAAGUGUGUUGUGUUGUGUUGUGUUGUGUUGUGUUGUGUUAGAGAGAGAUCACUCGGGCUGCUGGUAGGCUGCUACUAAGGUGACUGCUUGUUGUACCACAAAUCUCAGUUAUCAGACUGUUGUACCACAAAUCUUAGUUAUCAGGCUGUGUCUCAUUCCACAUUUUAGUUCCCUGAUAGGUAGUGUUUGAUAAAGUAGUAGUGGUAAGUUACGUUGUGGUUCUUCAUAGUCUACUGAUAAGAAGGCAAGGAAAUUGGAGACGCCUCUUCUGUAUUUGUUUAUUUAAGGAAUUUCCAUCUCAUCCUUCAGCCAAAGAACAUUUGCUUCCUGUAGAGCAGUAAGAGAAUGACAUGCCUUGCCUUCUGACUUAGAAUAUGCAAAGCAUCUGGUUUUUAUUGUGUGAAGUUAGCAUAAUACAGCAUAUCUGAGUUGUUUAAAGUUUUACAACCUUGGUAUCUCAGAACAAACUUCUUCUGUAAGUUGCUUCAUUACCACUAUGAUGCGUUUUAAGUCAGGUGUAUUUGUGUACAUUCUUUUCCCCAUUGCUCUUUAUAUAAAAUAACUAAUUCUGCCUCUCCUGUUAAACCUCUGAGGAAUUUUCUUGGGUAUAUGAUUCUGGAGUAUAGGAAUAUCUUUAUUGAAUUGUAGAAUUCUGUCUUCAGUUUUUCCAUUAAGAUAACCCACCUCCUUGUUCCCAUUGGCUUGUGGUAGAUGAUUAUGGGAUGGGAGUUUUCUAUAAUUUCAAAGCUGCUUUUUUUAGUAGCAGCAUAAACUAACUAUGGAACGAACACACAGAACACAUACACAAUUAUUUAGUGUUCUCUAAAGUGUAAGGUGAUUGUUACGUUAUAAAGCAUGCUGAUCAUUCUGAUUGGGUGGCCAAGAUGCAUUCUGUAGAUAUAGAUAAUUCUGUAAAUCAAGAGAAUCAGUAGAUUCUCAAACUGGGAUUGUUGACACAGAAGAGUGCGGAUGUGUUUAAAGUUUCAGAGACACAGAGGAUCCUGAGCCAAGCAGAUUAAUACAUCCUAGCAGAAUUCUGGAAUUGCAUUCACUGAUGAUGGACUCAGGGGCAUCCUGAUCAAAUUUGCAGAUGACACCAAACUGGGAGGGGUGACUAACACCCCAGAGGACAGGAUCACACUUCAAAACGACCUUGACAGAUUAGAGAACUGGGCAAAAACAAACAAGAUGAAUUUUAACAGGGAGAAAUGUAAAGUAUUGCACUUGGACAAAAAAAAUGAGAGGCACAAGAUGGGUGACACCUGGCUUGAGAGCAGUACAUGUGAAAAGGAUCUAGGAGUCUUGGUUGACCACAAACUUGACAUGAGUUAACAGUGUGACGCGGCAGCUAAACAAGCCAAUGCAAUUCUGGGCUGCAUCAACAGGAGUAUAGCAUCUAGAUCAAGGGAAGUAAUAGUGCCACUGUAUUCUGCUCUGGUCAGACCUCACCUGGAGUACUGUGUCCAGUUCUGGGCACCACAGUUCAAGAAGGACACUGACAAACUGGAACGUGUCCAGAGGAGGGCAACCAAAAUGGUCAAAGGCCUGGAAACGAUGCCUUAUGAGGAACGGCUAAGGGAGCUGGGCAUGUUUAGCCUGGAGAAGAGGAGGUUAAGGGGUGAUAUGAUAGCCAUGUUCAAAUAUAUAAAAGGAUGUCACAUAGAGGAGGGAGAAAGGUUGUUUUCUGCUGCUCCAGAGAAGCGGACACGGAGCAAUGGAUCCAAACUACAAGAAAGAAGAUUCCACCUAAACAUUAGGAAGAACUUCCUGACAGUAAGAGCUGUUCGACAGUGGAAUUUGCUGCCAAGGAGUGUGGUGGAGUCUCCUUCUUUGGAGGUCUUUAAGCAGAGGCUUGACAACGAUAUGUCAGGAGUGCUCUGAUGGUGUUUCCUGCUUGGCAGGGGGUUGGACUCGAUGGCCCUUGUGGUCUCUUCCAACUCUAUGAUUCUAUGUCUCUAGGGAAGAAGCAAGACAGCCUUGCAUGAGAUGAUUGGGCUGAUGGGGACAACAUGUUUCAGGAAGCAGGUACUUUUGCGCAGCAGCAGGUUUGCAUGUCACAUAAUUAAGGAAAAUUUCUCCUUGUGUGUUUUUAUGGGAACAAAUACUUGGUGCUGGGCAUGUUCAUGGAAGUAGCAAGAGCAAGUUUAGAGGGAUGUCUUGGCUUAAAAGGUUUUAGAAACCCUGCCAGAAACAAGCAGUUUAUCAUGGCAAGAGGUUUUGUAACUAAUUGAAUACAGUGGUACCUUGGGUUAAGAACUUAUUUCAUUCUGGAGGUCGGUUCUUAACCUGAAACUGUUCUUAACCUGAGGUACCACUUUAGCUAAUGGGGCCUCCUGCUGCUGCUGCACCGCCACCGCGCAAUUUCUGUUCUCAUCCUGAAGCAAAGUUCUUAACCUGAGGUACUAUUUCUGGGUUAGUGGAGUCUGUAACCUGAAGCGUCUGUAACCCGAGGUACCACUGUACUUUAUCAAAUGCAUGUAGCACAAUAACACCUGAAGUUGUUAUAACUGUGGUCAUAUAAGCCACUAGAGGAACUUGCACACAUUGUUGGUGCAGAUGACAUGGCAAACCUCAAUUAAUCAAAAGUAGAAGCAAGGGCUUCUGAAAUCCUCCCAGUCAUUUGGGAGGAGGAUGGGGGAAUGACUGUUGCUGAACAAAGUGACAGUCUGCCAAAUUUUAUCAAGAGGUUCAGUUCUAUCACUUGUAGCAUGAAUUAGGGUGGCAGGUUUUUAUUACACCUGUUGAUUAACUUAUCAAUGCCACAACAGUGUUUGUGUUAUCAACACUGCUUUGUGAAUGGUCACUGUUAAUAGCAUAAUUAUUUCUGCCUUUGCUUUCCAAUUUUCCUUACUGUUUACAAUCUGGUCCCACCCUCAAAUGUACAUGUGGGUGUGCAUAAAAUAAAUAAUCAGGACAGUACUUCAUGCAUCAGAACAAGUGGACUCUAUCCCAUUAAAGCAUAUACCAUAAUAUUUGUUUAAGUCCUCUGGGUGACACAGUACUCUUUGUUUUUGCUGCAGUAGACCAACAUAGCUUCCUUGUGAAAACAAUUAGUCUUAGCUAAGAGCACCGUUCCCCAACCUGGUGCCCUCUAGAAGUUGCUAGAUUACAGUUUCUAUAAUCCUUGACUGUUGGUUAUGGUGGCUGGGGGUGAUGAGAGUUGUAUACUCCAAAAUAUCUAGCACACCAAAGUGGGGGAGCCAGCAUUAACAAAAGUAUUGAUACUUGGAAAACUGUAUGUUAAGAUAUAAAGCUAAAGUUUAUAACAUUUGCUGAGCCUUGAAAGAGUUUUGCUUAAAAAUUAUGUGAUAAUCCACUUCAUUGAUUUUCAAACAAUGUUCUGGGAGAACCUGAGGCUUAAAGAGCUUAUUAGCAGUUUGUGAAUGCGAAGAAUGCUAAAGGCAAAAAAGUUUUGCUGAAAGGUGGCUUUGCAGCCACUACUCAUACAUCUCUUGCAAUACCCAACCCCAAGAGAAUGUUGUCUGUGUUUUAGGGUGUAUGGUUCAGAUGGGGUGACAGCAAGGCUCAAGAGCCCUAGGAUUUUCAGAAAUGUCCAGAGGUUCCCUAGUUAGACAAGUUGAUGUAGAAAAAGUCCCUGAAGGCAGAAAACUUGAAAACCACUGACCUAUUGCAGUUUGCAAUUCCCCAGUUAUUGUCAAUAUUCUAGUGUAUCGGUAGAUGAAAAUACUUUCAUAUGCACUCCUUGUGUAGUAGUAAGAAACUGUUCAGAAUGGCUUCCCUUAAUUAUGACAUUUCUUUAGUAGUGUCUUUAGGAACGCACUUAAACUGAAAGCGAAAUUUAAUAACAGAUGUAUUUCUCAAAGUAUCUUACCAGAAGUGGAUAUAAAUAUAUAGUGUGUUUGUUGAAGAAGCAGUGAUUUAUAAAUACAGAAAUUUCCCUCCUUUCAGAGUAUCUGAAUAAUUUGUAUACUAGUGGCCAAAAUUGUGGAAAUCUUUUGGGGAAAGUAUAUUUUUGAGGUUUAAUGGCUCAUAACGCCACUUUUUUUUUUUUUUUUAGUAAUACCAUAAAAUACCAUCUGGACUUGAGGUGCCAUUAUUUGCCCUUCAUGCAGUGAAAUACCUUUUUGUUACCCAAGAAAAUCUUUAAUAAAAACCAUUAGAAAUAAAGAAAUUAAAAGAGCAGGCUAUGCAUGGAUUCUGCUCCUGUUAUCUUCUCCUUGUUCACUAAAAUAUCACCUACCUCUGCUUUGAAAAGGUUUCUUUUGCAGUGCCUUUGUGUUUGCUUUUAUGGUGGUCAUUGUGCUGUUGCUUGGCUCAGGGGCACUAUCCAGUGAUGUGAAAGAAAGAGUUGUUCACUUGUACUAGCUAGCUUAUAGUUUGCUUCUUAGCAUUUCAUUCUAAGCCAUCCUCGGGUUUGCUUCUCUCCUGGAGUAGAGAAGUGAAGUGAGGACUUUUGAGCACUGUGCAGUAAUAUGUUGUUCAUUAACAUUAAAUCAUAAUUUAAAAUAAACUGUGGUUUAAUAUGAUGUGCUAACUGGAUAGCUAGUCAUUUUACGUGUGGAAGGGGCUGUACUUUUUGUUCUUGUUCCUUUAUCUUCUUUAAGAACACAUGUCGGGGGGGAAUUUAAGAACUCCUGAAUGAGUUGCAACAUGAGAACAACAGUUACUAACCCACUCUUAAAUUGCCUUAAUAUCAGGAUUUAUAAUAUUAUGUAGCAAUUGGCUUUCACCAGUGCUGGAAUAGAACUUGCCAUUUUGCUGGAGAGCCUCUAAUUGUUCUUUGUUAGAAAGUAACUUAACAGUUUCUUUAUAGAUCAAUAUUUCUUCUUAAAAUAGUUUUUAAAAAUCACUUUUACUGUGCUUAUGCCUUUGGGGAUUUCAUGGCACAUUUUAGACUUUGGACAUUGGCUUUUUCAAUAGCAGGCAUGGAUUACUAAAGCAGCUUGUUCUAUCUUCAGGAGGAUUUCUCUAUCACACUAUGUUGAACGUUCCAUCAGCGCAAGCAUUUCAGUUUGCAAGGCAGAAUGAUCCCCCUACCUUCCCACUGCAAACUGUUACAGGAGGUCUCCUAAUCUGCCCCAAGCCAAUUGUGGGGAACACACGUUUGGGGGAGGCCUCAUCAGCAAGAGGAAGUCCUUAUUCAGGGCUUCUGCUGACAGGACUUGUUAGGCGAAUUCUGCCCAUUGAAAGCACUACAGUUGAUGCUGCAUUGGUUAACCAAAGUCACAGAUAGUGAUUUGUAUCCUGAGUAUGACUUCUGCAAAUGAAAGAGCUCCUAUUAAUAGCAGACUAUAGAUCCAUUGAACAAUCCUGUUGGUAGAAGGAAAAUAGAAUUUGGGAGAGUGUGUUGAACUGAAGUGGAAAAGGAAGGAAGGUGGUUCUGAUGCACAUGUGGAGGUGGCGGCGGAACAUAUGCCCGCACUGUCCAGGGCGGGUGCGCUCCCAAGGGGGCAAGGCACAGAGGGUGUCCUCCCAGGCACGAGAUAGCUGCUCGGGUGCACGGAGCGGUGCACGCUCCCUGCAGCCAGGGGCAGAGCGAGCUGCCCAUGGGGGCGGUGUGAGCCACCCAUGGCAGAUACGCGGUGCGCCCACUACUCCCAAGCCUCCCCCAGCUGUCAAAACAAAGGGGGAAGGAGGGAAUGCCGCUCGCAAAAUGGCACAGCUUCCCCUGAUGGCUAGGGUAGUCUUGGGAGUCGCUGCUGAGCAACACCCAUAAUUCAUUAGAAUACUAGGCCUUUCCUUACACUGCUCAGUCCUCCUCCCCAAUGAAGGCUUAAUACAGUCAAGGGAAAAAGUGUGGCUGCUGUAUUAAAAACUCAAGUUCGUUAGAGCUUAAAUACUGAUGAAAAUUUUAAUGCAUUAUAUAACCAGGAUAAAAAUAGGUUUUUGUUCUGGUUAUAAAAAGGGAUUACUAUAAAGUUUUUUUGGCUUGGCUUCCUUGUUGUCUUGGUCACCUUUAUAAACUUCUUUUUAUCAUUAUACCAAGGUUCAAAUUGCACAUGACAUUGGCAGAUCUGGAUGUUUAAGCCAUUUAUCUCCCAACUAUUCAUCAAGUCCGUAUUUAAGAGUAUAUGGAAGUAUGUAGGUGAGAACUACAUACUACCCAGCUGCUUACCUUCCUUUCCCUGCUUUUUCUGCCAGUUGGGCUUGCUACUUGGAUAAGCAAAACAGACUUAGACAUGCUAGCCUGCUGCUGUCACAUGUACUGUAACUUGAGACAGAUUUUACCUAUCUCCCUUCUCUGUUUUGGUUCAUCUGAAAAGAACAACUUUUCAGUGCUUCUACAAAUACAGUGGUACCUCGCAAGACGAAUGCCUCGCAAGAUGGAAAACUCGCAAAACGAAAGGGUUUUUGGUUUUUUGAGUUGUUUCGCAAGACGAUUUUCCCUAUGGGCUUGCUUCGCAAGACGGAAACGUCUUGCAAGUUUGUUUCCUUUUUCUUAAAACCGUUAAUACAGUUGCGGCUUGACUUCGAGGAGCAACUCAUAGCCUUUUUUGAGGUUUUUGAAGACUUUGGUGAUUUUUGAAGCUUUUCCAAAACUUUUCCGACACCGUGCUUCGCAAGACAAAAAAACUCGCGGAACGAAUUAAUUUUGUCUUGCGAGGCACCACUGUAUGUACUGUAAUUCUACAAAUUAAUAAUUUUGCUAUUGUAUCAAGAACUGUUGGCUUCAUGCAUUUUAUAUGUCAAAUCCAGAUAAAUACUGGCAUUGUAUAACUGAUCUGCAAGGGAUAGAAUUGGAUAACACCUUAAUUUCUUAGGAACAGAGUGAUACUCUGCGUCUGGAUCAGGGGUCGCCAAACUACGGUCCGCAGGCCGCAUAUGGCCCAAGGGGGUCGUUAAACUGGUCCCCAGCCCUUGGCGUCCGCUCGGUCAGUCCCCAUGCGGAGCUAAACCAGCGCGGAGCACCAGUUUAGCUUGUGUGGGGACUGACUUCCGGGAUGUAGCCACGGCUUCCUAUUGGCUGAAGGAAGCUCCUGCAGCCAACUGGAAGCUGCAGAUAACAACGGCUCCCCUGCCAUGGCUCCGAAAGCCAGUGGGGAAAGAGCGGGGUGUGCAUGCGUACCGGUGUGCACGUUCCUGCGCAUGGGCGAUCCAGCCCGCUGGCGGAAAAGUUGGCUGACCCUUUCUCUGGAUAGUGUUGGGAUAGGAGAUGAGAUUGGAUAGUUCAAAUAGGAAGCUUGCUGAGACUUAUCACUAUCUUUAAGGAUAAGUCCAGAGUAUACAUUUUAUUCCCUAUGAGUAGGUUUAACUUUCUCCAGGUUCAUGUUUACGUGGACAAGCAUAAUGUGUAAACAAGGCUUUUAUGGAUUUUGCCAUCAAAGGUUCUAUGAUUGCAAGCUGGAGGAAGUGCCAUCAUGAUAAUAGAAUUUACUGCUUUCCAUAUUCACAUUCAUCUAGUUCAUCAUGUUUGCCCAUAUCCAUCAUACCCCAGGGAUUGUCAAGAGUAUUUACUGGGGCAGAAUUAUUUCAUGAACCCACCUCUAGUCUAAUCUACCUCAUAAUGUUGUUGGGAAAAUAAAUUCGGUAAGGACAAUCUUUUUAUUAGAGAAUGUUUGAUUCCAGAGUUAAGGUACAGGCACCCAUGGAAAUCGGGUGCAUCCAUUUCAACCAUUUAAGGUAUGGUAAAAAAGAGAUAAUUUAAUAAUUGAUUUUCCCUUUUUGAUUUGCAGAACCACUGUCAUGAAAAGGAGGCUAUAAUAAAUCGUUUACCUUAUGAAAUUUGGCUUACAUGCGAAAUCUGCCAGGUAUAUAUAUAUGUGUGUGUGUGUGUGUGUGUGUGUGUGUGUGUGCAUGUUUUAAUACAUUUAUAUUUUGUUUUACAACACAGCUUCUGUGAGCAAGUUCCAACAUUGUGCCAGCAGACACAAUGGUAGUUCCCCUUCCUUUCUUCCUUCCCCCACCUUUUUCAGAGGUUUCCCAACCCUCCAUAGCAGAUUUGGAGGGAUGUGGGGGCUGUAGAGAGCAGGAGAAGUCUCAUUUGUGCGAGUGGGCCACCACAGUUGGAUAUCUUAUAUUUUGCAGAAAUGUUUCCCAGCUUGCCAUGCAGAGGAAUGUGUCAGAUUCAGUUUCACAUCUGCGAGACAUAAAUACCAUAAACUAUUUGGCUUUCAUGGUAUUCCUCACAUGAUUUUGGAAGCCUACCUUAAAAACUGUUAAAGUGUUUGUUGAAAUACUGCUGCUUUUGAGACUUGGUCAUAAAGAGACAUUUUAUAAGGGGGGGAAUACCAGUACACACCGACUUUCUUCUUGCAUUUGUGGAGGAUGUUAGUUUGUUGACUUAGAGCAAUUGCCCUGACUCACUGGAUAUGUUUGUUAUUUCAAUGUAGGUAAUACAAGGACCUGUGGAAUAUGAGUGAUGACAAACCCUUUUUAUGUACUGCCCCUGGAUGUGGACAGGUAAUACAUGUUAAAACUAUCUGUGUUAGUUAACAGGGAAACAUUUGUUAAAUCGGAGGAAGUAGUUUACAUUUCAUUUUGAGUCCUAAGAACAUUUUUACUCAUUGCCUAAAGAUCUGUAACAGUCAAACUCUGCAUGCUUCUUUGCUGCACAUGUUUAAAUGGAUGGCACUGUAAGCUCUGAAAGCCAACGUUGCUUAUUUGGGAUGGGCAGCAGAGAACUCUGUCACCACAGCCUCCAAAUGAGCAUUGUGUGGCAGUGUUACUGACUAUACUGAACACCACACCCCAAUCCAGCAAUGAAAGCUGCAUAGCUUCGAACACCACACAUUAAUAACUACUUUCAUGAGAGCUCUUGAUUCAAGGAGGGAUCAGUGUGCAGAGGGUUGGAUGAAGAGGGGAUGACAACUUUUAUAUGAUGUCAGCAACUUUUAGAAUUGCUAAAUGUUUUUUGUAGAUGACAGAAAAUACAGCUUGGCUAUGGUAUUUCAAAGAAAAAUAGAAUAAUUGAAGAAUUACCAAGAUCCUCAAGGUUACCGAGUGAUUUCUUGAGCUCUCUUUAAUUAUAAAAAAAUAAGGCUUGUUGGUAUUUUAUCCUACUGGACUGUUAUCUUCAUUUCUAUAAGGGGAUUUCACCUCCCCUUUAUUCCUGUUCUGUAUGGGCUCUUCUACACAGCCUUUGAAAACCCCAUUUUCCAAAUCCGUUUUGUGCAUUGUUUGUGCAUCAUAGCCUCUGUGGUUCUAUACCGCUGCUGUUUAUCAACUGAUUUCAUAUUUCCCUGUAUGAGGACCAUGCAUUCUGCUCAUUUGUUUCUCAGAUCUACUUUCAUGUUGAAAACCCCACCCACAGAACCCAUGUCAUUAACAUAUAAAGUUGAGGACACUCCUUUCUGUCACUGUUUGCAGCAGAAAUUAGGGGGAAACAUGCACCCUACAUUUUCUUUUUCAGUAUUUCCAUAACAUCGUUUGAUUACUGCUGCACUCUGACUAAACAUCGUUGUUAGCAAUGCAUUUUAGUGAUGCACAUCUCUACCUCACCCUACUAUCAGCACUUAUACAGUAUGAAGCCUUGUUUUCCCCAGAGCAGCUAUAAUGGAUGUUUCAUCUGCUUCUGAACUUUCCCUUCAUGAGGCUUUGAUGGGGCAUGACAAGGACAGAAUUUUGAGUUUUUUACAGUGCAAUCCCACAUGUGUCUAUUCAGAAAUACAACCCAUUGAAUUCAAUAGGACAGACUCCCAGAUAAAUACAUCCUAAAUUCUUGUGAAAAGGAUGUAAGGGAGGUGGAAAAAGAAGUGUGGUUUGUUCCAGCCCAAAGCCAGGAGUAGGGGAGAGAAAGAGAGAAAAUACAGUCAUACCUUGUGUUAUUAACACUGUGGGUUGCGCAUUUUCGGGUUGCGGACCGGGCCAAACCUGGAAGUACCGGAAUGGGUUACUUCCGGGUUUCAGCACAUGCGCAGAAGCACAAAAUGACGUUAUGCGCAGAAGCAUCAUACACAUGCGAAGACGCGGCACUUCAGACUGCGAACGGUGCAGGUUGCGAACGUGCCUCCCACACGUAUCAUGUUCGCAACCUGAGGUAUGACUGUACGUUCAGUGCUCCAAUCCAGCUUUCACUCCCUUGCGAAAGCUGAGAUCCGAGCAUCACUUACAUGGAAGUAGGCCCCACUGAAUUCAGUAGGACUUAGUACUAAGUACCGUAUUUUUCACCCUAUAGGACGUACUUUUUCCCCUCCAAAAAUGAAGGGGAAAUGUGUGUGCGUCCUAUGGGGCGAAUGCAGGCUUUCGCUGAAGCCUGGAGAGCGAGAGGGGUCGGUGCGCACCGACCCCUCUCGCUCUCCAGGCUUCAGGAAGCUAUCUGCAAGCCGUGGGAGAGCUGCAUGACUUCGCGCGGCUCUCCCACGGCUUGGGGAGAGGUGCCUGCACCCGAAGCCUGGGGGCGCGCUGAGCUCAGCGCCCCCCCCCAGGCUUCGGGCUUAGCGCAGCUUUCUGCUAGCCGUGGGAGAGCUGCACAACUUCGCUAGUGGAUAGCAGCCUGUUCUGGGGGCUGGUAUCGGGGGAAGCUCGGGCUUCCCCCACCCCAGCCCCGCACCUGGGGGGGGGGGAUUUUUUUCUUUAUUUCCCCCCCAAAAAACUAGGUGCGUCCUAUGGGCCGGUGCGCCCUAUGGGGCGAAAAAUACGGUAGAUGUGUGUUUGCCCACAAAUAGCUUUGGGGAAAGGGGUUUUUGUGGGUGGCUGUGCUACUCUACUGCAAGUUUGUUCUCCAAGAAGAGCCAUAAGAAAGUUGAGAGGAGAUGGUGGAUUAUUGUUGCAGUCCAGUUUUUGCUCCCCUUGCUAUGGCUGGAACCAUUUACCUGGGAGUAAGUUCCAUUGGACACACUUUGAAGCAAUGAGUGAAGCAAGGAGAGCUCUUGCAAGUUGGACAAGUAGGGAGUGAGGAUAGGGCUUUGGGUUUGGUGUGCUAACAAUGCAGUCAGGCACUCCUACUCAUAUUGAGUGCAAAGGAGUUCCCUCCCAGGUAAAUCCACCUGUAAAGGAUAGAACGUUGCACCCCGAAAUGGGCAGAAGCAGAAGAAAAACGAGACAGGGAGGGGCAAAGUCUAUGUGACGUGGUUGUGGGCACAGCAAGGAAAUCUGAGACAAGGCAAGAAACGGUAUAUGCCUAAUGUGCUUCAUGGGCAUAUUAUAUUGGCAUGUGAUGAAAAACUGUUUGUGAUACUCUCAGAUAGGGAAAAAAAGCAAGUUUUUGCUGCAGGACAUCCAAAAUGUGAACAGGAGAGGGGGAACAUCAUGUGGUUCAUGCCCCAAAAAGGCAGAAACAGGCAAGUUAAAACCAAGUUUUGAGGACAUGCAGAUGAGCCCAGUGCAUAAAAACAUUUUCCUUGUUCCUUGUAAUGGAAUGGCUGUUACAGUGGUAGAAUCUAUUUUGGGUAUAAUCAGCUUCAACAGCAAAUUAAAUGUAGUUUCUUUGAUUUUGAAAAAAAGCAACUUCUUAACCUUUAGACUGAUUUAGCUACUUCUUUCUGCAUUUGAAACUUCUCUCUCAGCCCUGAAGUCACUUUAGAACAACAUCAGCAUGGUUCUUAAGGCUGUUUGUAGUAGCAGUUCUGCAAUGUGUUUUCCACUGAGUUCUGUGUUUAAAACUGAUUUGAUUAAAUAUCAAUGUUACACAGAGAGAGAGAGUAAACUUAUCGUUGUGAUGCUCAGCUGGCUACCACGAGCAGUAACCAUGGUUUGUUCCUGUUUAUUUAUUUGUUAAAAUAUUUAUGUAUCAUAAAACUGUAUCACAGUGGUUUACCACUUGCAGUUUGUGUGAAGGAAACAAACCACAAGCUCAGAUUGGGACAACAUGACAAGCCAUGACUGUUUCAUCCACAGUGGCAGCAGGAGCAGGAGAGUAGCACACAUCAGUUUGUUUUUAAACUAUGGUUUAAUGUGACAUGCAAAAUAGACAAUCACAGCCAAUAGGGCUGUUGUACUUGUGGUCUGCAUUAAGCCCUUUGACAGCAGAGAAAGGUUUCUGGCCAUGCCAAGUCAAGUCCAUUGCAAGAAUAAUACAGGUCAGUGCUAGAUUUAAAACAGAUCAGCCAGUUCGUGAAAAGGGUGUAGGGUGAAGUUCAGCAGCACUCAUGGCCAGCUAUACUGAUGGAGCCUUAGCCAAUACAUUGUAAUGUAGUAGCUUAGGAGCAAUUAAUAGUCAAUGUUUUAAAAUUGGGUACACUAGUUUCACCUUUGUAAAUCAUUCUUUUUCUGGACUAUUAACAAGUGUGAGAAAAGAGUAGGUAUGUCAGGAAAAAAAACAUUCAGAAAUGAUCAGUUAUUUCUGCGUGUUUUCUUUGUUUGAGUCUUGCAGGCUACUCUCCUCCCCCCCCCCCCAGCGUUUCAUUUUUGGGAAACAGCAAUUUUAUAUUCUGAAAAAUACAGUGGCAGCACUGCUGUAUUAUGUAUAAUCUCCAGCUUCCAGCGGGGCGUGCACCUGCAUUUACACUUGAAUUUUUUAAAAGUUUGUUUCUCAGAAGCUGCACUAAAGAAACCCCAAAGUGUCUGUUAAGCUUUGGCAAGUACAAAAAUAGGCUUGGGAGUUUGGCAUAAGAGAUUUUAAAGAGAAGGCAUAUUCCCCCCUCUCUAGCAUUCCCUUGAAUAAUGUUCUGCCAUUAAUUGAGUCACUUUGUAUACAGACAAUCCCAUUGUGAGUCUGCCUGAGCAACUACAGUAUUGAUAUUAUUAUUCAGCUGCUCAUCAAAACAAGGUUAUAGUGGAAUGAAACCUUUGUCAAAAGUUGGUAUUGACCUCUUAAGUAUUUAUGCUGGUGCUAUUUAAAUGUUGAGGAUAUCUUGCAGUUUAUUUUUUUUAAAAAAAAAAACAACCUUUUUGUCCAAUGAAGCUUACUUUUAUCAUUUUCCUACUGUACCAUCCAGACUUUCAUUUUUUUAAAAAAAAAAUCAGCUGUUAACGUCUUGCUAAUGGCUUUUAACCUGUUAUGAAAAUGAUUUUCCAUGUUGUUAUCACUUUAGUUGAAAUUAAAAUUUAUAACUAUAUUUUAAAACUUUUUGCCACAGCGUUUUACCAACGAGGAUCAUUUGGCUGUCCAUAAACAUAAACAUGAGAUGACACUGAAAUUUGGUCCAGCUCGUAAUGACAGUGUCAUUGUAGCUGGUUAGUAUAUGUUUCUAUUAAUCCAUCUUUCUUUUGGAAUGUGCACACAUUUUGUGUAUUUUCUGUAUAUGACUCAAAAUCUCUAGGCUCAUCAGAAGCAACAUCAAAAGAUUCCUUAUGAAAUGAAUUUGUAAACUGUGUUGUCCUUUACUUUACUUUACUUUACUUUACUUUACUUUUAUAAAAUUAAUCUUGGCUUUUACUAUUAAGUAAUGAGCAGUCCAAUUAAACUGAAAUUCUAUUUGUAAGGGUUGUCACAGCAAAUCAUACCUGGCAAUUAGAGUAAGGCACUGAUGAUAGAAAAUACUUACAUGCACCAUCCUAGUUAAAUCAAUGUCAUAUAUUUGUAAAUGUUUAUUGGAUAAAUAUUUAUCGGUCAUUUUGCUUCUCCGUAUAAAUUUAGCUAUAGCAUAAAAUAUUUUUGAUCUCAAAAGCAGUUGGUCAAAGUAUAUACCCUCUGAUCUUUCAAUUUCUUUUGCAGUUCCUUCCUCUCUGGUGAUCUUUUCAUCUCAACCCCCUCUUUUAAAAAAUUCUGGCUGGAUAGCAAAUAAAGAUAACGUUUUGUUAAACAUAAAGAAUGAAGAGGAGGGUCUGAAAGCAACCCUUGCUUGACUCUAGGGAAUUACAUUUUAAGGAUUAGCCUAUUAAAAGUGCAUGCUAAUAACAUUUACCCACUACUUUUUCCUGAAACAAUGGUUCUUCACCAGAAGUAAUUACCAGUUUAGUAAUGGGUUGCAUCCAAAAGUGCCUUACAUGAGCAGAAAGACACAUGUACUCACAAGGCUCUAUACAAGUUUUGCCAAUUCUCCCUUGUUACUAGACACAUAGAAUUCUUCUUGCUCUUCUCUGGACCCAAGGCAUUGAUUUUUCAUGGAAGCCAACACCUGAUAGGCAGAUACUGUGAAUUGCAAUAAAGUACAUUGUACACUUUUCUACUGUAUUGGCUACAGUGGAGUUGUGUGUAGUAUUGAUCCUUUGCAGGCAAUGUAAGUACUAUAUGAAAAGUAUCAGGUCACUACUCUGUGAAUAAUACGUAUCUUGAUUUCUGUACACAUCUUUAAUCUUUAUAUGUUGCAUAAAGCACAAGCAACAGAAUGCCAUGAUUUCCUCAGUAUUUUUCCCCUUUAUCUUUAAAUUUCAGCCAUUAUGUAGUGAUCACUAUUAUUCCUUUGUUAAUCCCACAAUGCAAGUUUAUUGUGUGUUGGGAUAGUAUUUUAUUGUCUAUUAGUUAAACAAUUAUGGUUGAAAUUAAAGUUCAUUCUCAUUAGAAUGUUUUGCUCUGGUUGCAAUCAUCUUCUCACUUGCUUUAGAAUAAGUGCUGUUUAGAUGAAUGGAAAUUAUUCCUUGGCAAAUGGGUGAAGAAUCGCAGCCAAGGUGCAAUACUGUUUUGUUUUGUUUUGUUUUGUUUUGUUUUGUUUUGUUUUGUUUUGUUUUGUUUUUAAAGUUAAAGUAAUCCUUAUGCUUAAUUAUUUUUUUAGCUCCAGCUGUUUUAUUCAUAAACUAAAGAUUAAGAGAUAAUUUUCAAGCUUAAAUGCUACCGAUUUAAAUUGUUCCCCGAUUUCUUCUGUAUAUUCAGGGAGGCAGGCACAUCCCUACAGCUGUAUGCCAUUUUAAAACACCUUAAUCUAGACUUUUCAAUGCAUUAUCAUACUCUUCCCCCCCCCCCAGCUGUCCACAGGCAGGCUGAUUAAGAACAGGAAAAACAUACAUUCAGCCAUAGCAGCAACAAAAAUUCAAGGAAUAUCUCUCUUUUAAAAUAUGUGAUUUCUUGUUGCCCAGUUUGUAAGGUUUCUAAGACUUUUGCAAACCAAACACACAUAGAAUUUGCAUUGUUUCGCCUUCUGAUUGUGUUGUGUGUAUUGGUGAUACAGUACUGGUUUUAAAAGGAAAGAUUUGGCAAAAAGGCAGCAUUGUUUUUCAUUAAAGGAUACAUUAACAGUGAAACCUUUAAUUAUACUGCACUCCUGGUCAGGAUCAGUUGCAAAUUUUAGAGAGCUUGAAACAUAGAAAUUGACAUCAAUUUGAAAAUAUGUAUAAAAGCCAAUAAAUAAUUGGGAAAAUCAUAUAUAUA